CUAGUUACAUCACAUGCCGGUGGUAGAAGAAAGAGAUUCUCUUUUUAUCAGAAUCUGAUCCGCCGUUAUUCCGGCAAGUCUCAUGUGACUUACAUUAUCUCUUCUUAACAACUUCAAGUGACCAAAAAACAAAAGUCAAUAACUGUUUUAGUACUCCGAACCGACCCUUUUAAUGGCUCCCACGUUUCACUCUAAUCAUUAUCUUUCUCUACUUAGACCCGUUUCCUUCUUCUUAUGUUUCUCUGAAACUCAUGAAAUUUGAGGAACUACUCAUGGAAGAUUCAUCACAGCUACAUAGUAACAAGAGACAUGACUUAGAGGAAGGAGUGAUGCAUCUUAAAGAGAGACUAGAGGAAGAAGAAGCAGUGACUAGAACUUUACGAGCUGCUUUUGAUGGCUCUAUUGUUUCUCUCCCAAGUCUCUCCUCAUUGUUUCUUCCACCUCAGUUUUCUGAGCUCUUUCAAGAAUUAGCCAUCGUGGAGGCAGAGAUUCUUUGUCUAGACAGAAAAAUCAAGGAGCAAGCAUCUUGUGUAGUUGCCUAGUUGGAAGUCCUCAAUAAUUUGAAUUGUAUUAUAAACAUUUUGUGUAAUUGCUUGUAUUAUAAGACAUUGUUUUGGAAUAAUUUAAAUUUUUGUUUCU